CAUUGUCUGAUCUUUACAUGAACAUUUCAAUCUUUAUUAUGCUAACUACACUUUAAUAAUUUUCUUGCAUGUUGAACAAAAGUGUAUUAAAUAUAAGCAUAUGUGUAUAUGUAUACUGUACAUCUAUCAUGAUUUUGCAACUGGGAAACAUAAAUAUAGUGAUAUUCCCUUAUUAGAAUUUAUACCACUUACUAUUCAUGCCACUGGUUAGAUGCUAAUUAUAUUUCAUUUACUUUUUUAGGGAUGCACGAUAUUUUGUCGGGCCGAUAUGGGUGACGUCAUUUUUAUUGCUCUGAUAAAUAAAUUAAAUCCGAUAAUCAGAUCAGAUAAAGUACGCUAUCUAGAAUUUGAAAAUAUCAGGGGCUGAGCCCGAAACAUCAGGGGCUACUUAGGGAGAGGGGGAUUUUUAAACACAAUUCAUUUUAAUUGUGUGAAAUGGGAGGAGAAGAAUCUAAACCACCUCCUCGUCAACCUUCACCUCCACCUCCUAAACUCGAAUUUGAUCAACCAUGGAGAAGAAUACCUUGGGGUAAAAAUAGUGAGAUUGAACAGAAACUGAGGGACUUCAAGCUCAAACACCCAAGUGUUCGGUUUGUCAGGAUUCUGCUUAUCGGUAAUGUAGGAGCAGGAAAGUCCAGCUUUAUAAACUCAGUCAAUAAUGUUUUCCAAAAACGAAUCACCUGUGAUGCUCUUACUAAUACAACCAGUGGAACGAGUUUUACAAAAACUUACGAAACAUAUUACAUUGAACGAAAGGAUGGAUCCCAUUUGCCUUUUGCAUUCAGUGAUGUCAUGGGGCUUGAAGACGAAGAAAAAGGCGCAAGUUCAGAAAACAUCAUCAAAGCCUUAAGUGGCUUUCUUCAGGAAGGAUUCAAUUUUGAUCCUACAUCGACUAAGCCUAUGAAUGAUCCUGCCUACAGAAGCAACCCAAGUCUUGAGGAUCAAACCUGCUGCCUGGUCAACAUUGUAGCAGCAGACAAAAUAUCAUUAAUGAAAGAUGGGGUCAUUAAUAAGAUGAACAAAAUCCGUGAGGCAGCUUCAAAACUGAAAAUACCUCAAGUAAUCAUCAUGACAAGACCAGAUUUAGCAUGCCCACUGGUUCACCACGACAUAAGGAAGAUCUACACCAGCAAGAAGAUCAAAGAGAAGAUGAAAUUGUGUAGUCAUCGGCUGGGGAUUCCUAUAAAUCACAUCUUCCCUGUGAAGACCUACCAUGAGGAGAUAGACACAGAUGAUGACAUGGAUCUUCUGAUUCUCAAGGCACUUGAUCAGAUUGUGAACAUCGCUGCUGACAACUUGAACAAAAAAUCCUUUAAUUCUGGUGAGAAAGCUGAGUAAAGCCUCAGAUCUCAAUGCCUCAGUGAGAUUAGUGUUACACAAAGUGCUCCAUUAAACAUUUAAAAAUAUAUAUUAGGGUUACAGCUAUUACUAAAUGGAGAAAGUAACCAAGUAUGCAUUGCUAAAAUAUUAAGUGGAAUGCAAUAGUCUGUAUUUAUGCCAUUUAUGAACAUUAGUUUAGGCUACUUUAAAGUUACAAUAAGAUUUCACUACUCAGUUACUACUCUACAUGUAACAAUGGGAAAGUUUUAUGAUGAAGUAAGACUAUUAAAAGAAUGUCUCACGUCAGUCUCAGUCAUGCAAACUCAGACCUUCAGUCUAGCUGAUCAGCCAGUAAAUCAUCAGAAACAUAGAUUUCUAUUGCAUUGCACUUAUGUUUUCUUGCAGCACGAAACAGUCUAAAGAACAUGUAAUAUUAGAAAUGUCUGAAAUAAACAACAUAUUGUGAAGUUGUGAGGAUGAUUUUUUUUAACUGAUUAUUAAAUUCUUUAUCACAUAAAUAAACUCUGACUGAGGUGUUAAAAUUCUCAAUAUUAAUUGAACAUAACGAGUAAACAAACUGCACAGCUGAUGUACACUGUUUCAUGUAAAGAGUAAAUUCAUGGUUAGAAGUUUAACACAGCAAAGAUAACGGUAGAAAUUCUGAUGGUCCAAAAUACUUUCAGUUUACAGUAAAUUGUGUAAGCAGUGAGCAGUAAGCAGUGUUAUCAAAGUUUAAAUGUGUGUGUGUGUGUCUGUGUGUGUGUCAUAGAGAGAGAAAGGGUUGCAACAGCGUAAUGAUCCAGUAAUUCUAAACUGUCACAAACAGUGUGCCUCCAGAGAGCGGAAUCAGACACAAAUGAAGGAUAGCAAACAGAAGACAAAUACGUACUUUAAAAGACAAAUACGUACACAGAAAUACAUUGAAGAGAAAACUCAAAAACAGCAAUACAAAAACAGGAUACUGGGAAUAAAAGAGGCACACAACUAUGAUGAGGAAUGUGAGGAUGAGAAACACAACACAACUGGUAUAAAUAUGGAAAGUGAUAAUGACACAUUUAGAAUAGGUAUGCAGAGAUAGGGAGGGGCUAAGGAUCAGGCAGGGCAGGGCAGGGCAGGGCUUGAAUUUUGGCAAUAUGCCUCUGUAAGAGAUUGGAAUUGUUUUGCUUGUAAUGUACUGGUUUGAGAACUUUCUUCAAUAAAGUUUUUUAUUAAAAAGUAAAGAUCCAUUUAACAUCAAAAGGGAAUUGUAUAUUGGGCAGUGGUGGCUCAGUGGUUCAAGCUUCUUCCUUGCCAAGCUGACACUGUUGGGCCCUUGAGCAAGACCCUGAUUGCUCUGGGGCCCUGUAUCAUAACUGACCAUGAGUCCUGUCCCCAAAUUCCUAACAAGUGGAGAUAAAGAAACAAAUUUCACUGUGCUGUAAUGUAAAUAUGACAAUUAAAGGCAACUUAUAUCUUAUAAAAAUCAAACAGGAAGUUUGAGUUAAAAAAUCUUGAGGAAAAAAGAAGUUAUUUUUUUUCAUAACAUUAUAAAACUGUCCAGACUAGUAUAUAGUACUGUUAUAUUUACACUGAUCAGGCAUAACAUUAUAACCACCUGUGGCAUGGCACAUCAUCCUGCUUAAAGAGGUCACAGCCAUCAGGAAAUACUGUUUCCAUAAAAGGCUGUACAUGGUAUGCAACAAUGCUUAGGUAGGUGGUACGUGUCAAAGUAACAUUCCCAUGGAUGGCAGGACACAAGGUUUCCCAGCAGAACAUUGACCAAAGCAUGACACUACCUCUGCCGACUUGCCUUUUUUCCAUAGUGCAUCCUGGUGCCAUAUGUUCCGGUGCACAUGUACCCCUUUGCACACGUACCUGGCCAUCCACAUGAUGUAAAAGGAAACAUAAUUCAUCAGACUAGUCCACCUUCUUCCAUUGCUCUGUGGUCCAGUUCUGAUGCUCACGUGCCCAUUGUUGGUGAUUUCAGCAGUGCACAGGGAUCAGCAUGGGCACCAUGACUGGUCUGCUGCUAUGCAGCCUCAUACACAACAAACUGCGAUGUGUAUUCUGAUCCAUGACCCUGUCGCCAGUCCAUGUAAGGAUGAGCCAGUGGCUGCAGGAGUCUAAUCCAUAUGCAGAUAUUUAUUAAUAAUCACACAGGCAAAAUCAUAGUCAGAAAAACAAGCGCAAGUCAAAACUGGAAAAACCACUGAUACGGGAAAACAAAAUCGAAAGCGCAAAACGAAGCGAGCAGUCAGAGAAACAGGCAGGGUCAUACAUGAAAAACACUAUCAAAGACAAGGCAAGAAUCGGUCGUAGUAAACAGGCCGGGAUCUGAUGAGUGCGUGGGGUUUUAUUGUCUGUGGGAAACAAGCAGUGUGUCACAUGAUUAAUUAGUAUUCCAGGGAGGGCAUUUGUGUUGGAAUGUUACAGUCUAUGGUGUGGUUUACUCCGUGGGAGGGGGACAGGACAGAUGUGCCUAGUGGAAUUCCUCCAUCAGGGAGGGGUCAAGGAUGUCAACAGAGUCGGAUGCAAUGGGAGUUCAGGAGGGUCUGCACUCUGUAGGCUGGGGCCCCCCUGACUGGGGGUCUUCGACAGAGUAUCAUAGGCAGGCUUGAGGAGAGAGAUGUGAAUGGUGGGAGAGAUGUGAUAUGUGGGUGGUAACUGCAAACGUUAGGAGACUAGGUUGACCUGCCGGAUGAUGGUAAAUGGGCUGAUGAAACGUGGGCUCAGCUUGCGACAUGGGAGCUCGAGCUUCUGGUUAUGACUGGAUAACCAAACCUGCUGCUCCACCCUGUAGGUGGGGUGUGGACGGCGGCAGUGAUCCGCCAUAUUUCUCUGCCUUCUAAUAGCCCUUUGCAACCAGAUGUGAGACCUCUCCCAUACCUCUUGGCUGCAUCUGGACCAGUCAUCUACGUACAUGGACUAGUCAUGUAGGAUUGGUGUGAGCCCCGUGGAUGAAUGGGUGAGGGAGUUCUGGGCAUAUUCAGCCCAGGGGAGGAACUCGCACCAGCAGUGUUGUUGGUGGCUGCAGUAGGAGCGUAGAAACCUUCAGAUUUCUUGGUUCAGUCUUUCUGCUUAGCCAUUAGAUUGUGGGUGGUACCUUGAUGCCCAAUUGUGAACAGAAGGCCCGACAAACGUGUGAGGUAAACUGAGAGCCCCUGUCCGACACAAUAUCUUCUGGAAGUCCGUAGUGACAGAAUACCUGGUGAAAGAACGUGGUCGCCAUUUCCAUGGCUGUGGGUAAUCCUUUGAGCGCCACCAGCUUGCAGACUUUUGAGAACCGGUCGAUGACCACUAGGAUCGUGGUGAAUCCAUUCAAGGCUGGGGGAUCCGUCAGAAAAUCUACUGCGAUGUGCGACCAGGGACGGUGUGGGAUAAGUAGUGGUUCGAGCAGACCUUCGGGAAGCUGGUUGCUGGUGCAUGACUGGGUGCAAGCAGUGCAAGAUCUCACGUAAUCCACAACAUCGGAACUGAGAGAGGGCUACCAGAAAUGGCACUGGGUAAGUUCCGUGGUGUGCCAAAUACCUGGAUGGCCACUACUGGGCACCCACUACAGUACUCUAGGAUGGAGAGUGAUGGGCACAUAAAGCUUGGUUGCAGGGCAGGCUGCUGGCGGAGCAUCAUCCCCAUGAGCACUCAUUAUUUCUUCCACCGAGUUCCAUUGUAUGGGUGCCAGGAUGAUGGAGGAUGGCAGGAUGAGGUCAGACUGGGGCUGUGAGUUCUUGGAUUCUAUCUGGCGGGACGGGCUUUGCCGUUCUUGGAGCCUGGACGGUAGGUGACGGAGAAGUGGAAGCAUGUGAAGAAGAGGGCCCAGAGAGCCUGACGGGGGUUGAGACAUUUGGCUCCACACAGAUAUUCAAGGUUAUGGUGCCAAGGCUUUGUUUUCUAUAUCAGUUACUGUUAAUGAGGUGACAACAGGAUGGUGGAUGAUCAGCAUAGAAACUCAGGUCAUCUCUGAAGGCCAGUCAAGCUUCAUCUCUGGGCUUGCUGCAGUAUUAGCAACCUAUUAUGUUUUUAACUUAGAAUACCAAGAGGAAUCUGCAAGGACCCUAGAGUUUGUUCAAAGGUACACAUUCUACAAAAUCUUUUACAAAUCUUGUAAUCUUUAUGUAACCUUUAUGUUUCUGUAUUUUUUUACUUUUCAUCACUCUCGUUCAUGACUUUUUGUGAUUUUUUUUUUUUCGGUUUUCUGUUCAUAGGCUUUUCCUUGGUAUUAACCUGGAGAAAGGAUCAAAGGCCAUCCAUGGGAAAAUGGUAUCAAAGAAGACAGGGAAAGUGGUCCAUAAGAAGUCAGUAACUAUGAAUCCACAUGUGUCCACCCUCAUUAAAAAUAUCAUGGACUUUACAUGGGGAGUCAUUUAAUCUCCAUUACAUCAAACUUUUACAUCCUUGUCUUCCUGCUGGAAAACAGGGGGCAGAUGAUCGAUGAAGUGCUAUUACAAAAAAAAGGACAGUGCAGUAAGAUGUUUGCCUUGUGUUUCUACUGAACAAUGUUUUAAAAACAUUUUAGGCACAUUUUUGGUUACUAAUUUUUUGUUUCUUUUGUUUUGUUUUAGACACAUUCAAUCUCCUCCUAGUUGGGGUUAAACCUAAUACACAGCUUAGGUACCAUAAAACCACACUGGUAGACAGGUGUCAUGGGUAUACCAGACUCCCUCACCAACCAACACACCCAAUCACCUGAAUAUUAAGCUAGCACACCUGCACCCAGUUUCAUAAUCACUUCCACUCCUCUCUUUAAAUGCACUCUUUCCACUCAGUAACUGUCUGGUCUCGUACAAGAAUCACAUCGAAAACUCCAUGAUUCUCUGCUACUAGUCUCACUACCAUAUGCUCACUUUGCUCCAUGUUCUCGUUCCAGCUCCUACCUUCUCCACUAUCAUUCGCCUGGUCCUCCAUUCUCCAGAUCGAGGUAUUUCUUGUUAUCCGUUCUCUCCAUCUGCCCUUCAGUCACCUCUCCGUAAGCUGCAUAGUACCGGUCUCCACUUCUCCACCUGUUUUAUGAACAUCAAUAAACAUACCCAUUUGGGUUUUGAAAAUAAAGCCUGGUUACCGUUACAGAAGGCCAGACCUCCUACAGUAUGAAUCAAGCGGAGGAUUCUACAACCGACUUCAGAUCCCGCUGCUUCUCCACCACCUGCCUCUUCCGCCCCCGUUUCUUCAGUGCUCCAAUAUUCUGCCAGUCCUGCAGAGGACUGCAAUGGGUUCAUAUUACAAUGCUUGCUCACCCUGGAGAUGCAGCCACACCAUUUCCCUACAGAGAGACAUGUUAUCCAAACAUAUCCCAUCCAUCCUCUUUGACCUACGUCCAUGCUCUUCUCAACUCUGGAUCAGCUGGCAAUUUCAUCUCCUCAAGCCUCUGCAACCAACUUGGGUAACUCCAUUGGCAGAGGAAGAGUCUGUCACUGUGUGGGUCCACUUCAACUCCAGAUUGGCAUGCUCCACACUGAAAACCUCCUUUUACUAGUUCUGGAGGGAUCUACAGUGGGGAUAGUGUUAGGGCGCCCGUGGCUCAUUGCACAUGACCCCACCAUCUCCUGGUCGAAUGUCGAAAUCCUGAAAUGGGGCAAGGACUGCUUCAUUCGAUGCUUCCCCUCCUUACCACUACUUAAUCCUAGCAUUCCAGUGCUCCCUUUACAGACUACCUCCAUUGUUCCGGUCCCCAAGAAACCCCAGCCCGCUUGCCUGAACAACUACCAGCCAGUGGCCCUUUUCUCAGUAGUGAUGGAGUGCUUCAAAGGACUAAUCAGAGACUUCAUCACUUCCUACCUGACACCAUGGACCCGCUACAGUUUGCAUACCGUCCCAACCGAUCUACUGAGGACGCCAUCACACAACUCCAUCAUGCAGCCCUGAGCCAUCUGGACAGCAGAAGGGGGAAUUAUGGCAAAAUGCUGUUUGUUGACUUCAGUUUAACACCAUAAUUCCCUCCAUACUCACCACUAAGUUGGAG